AUGGCUCACAGAGGAAAUCACAUGGAUUCAGAAAAAUUUUCCUGUUCCGUUUGUCUGGAUCUACUGAAGGACCCGGUGACUAUUCCCUGUGGACACAGCUUCUGUAUGAACUGCAUUAAAGACCACUGGGAUGGACAGGAUCAGGUGAAAAUCCCGAGCUGCCCUCAAUGUAGGAAAGGUUUCAUACCAAGACCUAUCCUGGUGAAAAACAUUGUGUUAUCAGAGUUGGCAGAGGAUCUGAAGAAGACUGGACUUCACGCUGCUCCAGCUGAUCAUUGCUAUGCUGGACCUGAAGAUGUGGCCUGUGAUGUCUGCACUGGGAGGAAUAUUAAAGCUGUCAAGUCCUGCCUGGUCUGUAUGAUUUCUUAUUGUGAGAAUCACCUCAAAUCUCACUAUGAUGUCCCUGGACUGAAGAAACACAUGUUGGUGAAUCCCUGCAAGAAUCUUCAGCAGAACAUCUGCCCUCAUCAUGAUGAGGUGAUGAAAAUCUUCUGUCGUACUGAUCAGCAGAGUAUCUGUUAUCUCUGCUUAAUGAAUGAACAUAAAGAUCAUGAAACAGUCCCAGCUGCAGCAGAAAGAGCUGAGAAGCAGAAGAAGCUCCAGGAGAGUCGACAACAAAUCCAUCAGAGAAUCCAGGACCAAGAGAAAGAUGUGAAGCUGCUUCAACAGGAGGUGGAGGCCAUCAAUGUCUCUGCUGAUAAAGCAGUGGAGGACAGUGAGAAGAUCUUCACUGAGCUGAUCCGUCUCCUCCAGGAAAGAAGCUCUGAUGUGAAGCAGCAGAGAUCCCAGCAGGAAACUGAAGUGAGUCGAGUCAAAGAUGUUCAGGAGAAGCUGCAGCAGGAGAUCACUGAGCUGAAGAGGAAAGACGCUGAGCUGGAGCAGCUCUCACACACAGAGGAUCACACCCAGUUUCUCCUCAACUACCCCUCACUGCCAGCACUCAGUGAGUCUACAGGAUCAUCCAGGAUCAACAUCCGUCCUCUGAGACACUUUGAGGACGUGACAGCAGCUGUGUCAGAGCUCAGAGACAAGCUACAGGACAUUCUGAGAGACUCAUGGAGAAACAUCUCAUUGGCAAUUUCUGAUGUGGAUGUAUUGCUGUCAGAACCAGAAAGAGAACCAAAGAGCAGAGCUGGAUUCUUAAAAUAUUCAGAGAAAAUCACUCUGGAUCCUAACACAGUACACAGAGAGCUGUUAUUAUCUGAGGAUCACAAUAAAAUAUCAACUUUGGAUGAAGAAGACCACGAAGACCAAGAAGAUGAAGAACAUGAAAUAGACGGAGUAGAAGAUGUAGAAAAAAAAAAGAAAACAAGAAGUGAAAAAGCAAGAACAAAAAACAGACAAGCAACUAGAAGAAGAAGUGCUUUAUUCUGAUCAUCCAGACAGAUUUAGUGAUAUCCCUCAGGUCCUGAGUAGAGAGAGUCUGACUGGACGUUGUUACUAAGAGGUGGAGUGGAGCGGGGAAGGAGUUGCUGUAGCAGUUUCAUACAAGAACAUCAGUAGAGUCGGAAGAACAAAUGAAUGUUUAUUUGGAUUGAAUGACAAAUCUUGGUCUUUGAUUUGUUUCAACAAUGGGUACACUGUUCAUCACAGCAUUGUGCCAAGACCUUCUAUUUUCCAAAAAUUAAAAUUUCCAUCCAAGGCUGUGGGUGUUAAGAGGCGGUGAUUUGAAUGCACUUCUUUAAUGUUUGUAAAAAUUAUAAUUUAUUUCUUUGAA